CACACACACACACACAGCAGGAAAAUGGCAGAAGCCAAUAUUUCAGUAAAUCAGGAUCAGUUCAUCUGUCCAGUGUGUCUGGAUCUCCUGAAGGAACCAGUGACUAUUCACUGUGGACACAGUUUCUGUAAGGUGUGUAUUAAUAGUCACUGGAAUCAGGAGGACAUGAAGAGCAUCUACAGCUGCCCCCAGUGUAGAGAACCUUUCACUCCAAGGCCUGUUCUACGCAGGAACAACAUGCUGGCUGAAGUGGUGGAGAAACUGAAGAAGACUGAACUCCAAGCUGCUUCUCCUGCUCACUGUUACACUGGACCUGGAGAUGUGGAGUGUGAUUCCUGCACUGGGAGAAAACACAAAGCCGUCAAGUCCUGUCUGAAUGAGCUAAAGAAGAAGCAGAUUAAAUCCCAGCAGAAGAUCCAGGAGAAGCAAAAGAAGGUGCAAGAGCUGAAACAGUCUGUGGGCACUAUUAAGAAGCGUUCACAGGCAGCAGUAGAUGAUAAUGAGAAGAUCUUCAAUGAGAUGAUCAGCUCCCUGGUGAAAAUGCGCUCGGAGGUGACGGAGAUGAUCAGAGUUCAGGAAAAAGCUGAACUGAGUCGAGCUGAACAACACCUGAAAGAUCUGGAGCAGGAGAUCACUGAUCUUCAGAGGAGAGUCAGUGAUCUGGAGCAGCUUUCACACACACAUGAUCACAUCCACUUCCUCCAGAGUUUCCCGUCUCUCUGUGUUUCUCCUGGAUGUGACGACUCACCCAGCUUCACUGUCAAUCAACAUCUCUCAUUUGAUGGAGUGAGGAAAUCUGUCUCAGAUCUGAAAAAACGAGUCGAGGAAAUCUGUCAGGAGAAAUUCAACAAAAUCCGUCCACAAGCUGCAGCAGUUCAUAUGAUUUUACCCUCAGAUCCAAAGAGCAGAGCAGAUUUUCUGCAGUAUUUCUGUUAUCUGACUCUGGAUCCCAACACAGCACAUCCUCAACUCAUUCUGUCUGAGAAUAAAAGAGUCGUGAGAUGCAGUGAUACAGCACAGCGAUACUCUGAUCAUCCAGAGAGAUUUGACUUCUGGGUUCAGGUGUUGUGUAAAGAGAGUGUGUGUGGACGCUGUUACUGGGAGGUGGAGUGGAGAGGGGAUGUUGUGUUUAUAUCAGUCUCAUAUAAAGAGAUCAGCAGGAAAGGAGAAGGUGAUGAAUGUGGGAUUGGAUACAACAGUAAAUCUUGGAGUCUGGAGUGUUCUUCUUCCUCUGUCUACUUCUGGCACAAUAACAUUAAAACUGAUCUCAAAGUUCCAUCACCAUCCAGAAUAGGAGUGUAUGUGGAUCACAGUGCAGGAACUCUGUCCUUUCACAGAAUCUCUGAUACAAUGAGGCUCCUCCACAGAGUCCACACCACAUUCACUCAACCUCUAUAUGCUGUGUUCAGUUUGGGUUAUAAAACAGUUCUGAGGUUUUGUGAUUGAAAAUUAAAUAUAUCUAAAAGUGUUUAGGAAAAUU